GGAGGAGGAGGAGGAAGAAAAGGCUAUAAAACGUUCCAUCUCUUCAGUUUAUUCUUCUUAUACUCCCUUCUUAUUACCCAACGUUCCCUUCGCAUUACUCCAUGUUCCCUUCACUCUACUUCUUAUGUUAUCUUCACACUACCCCAUGUCCCCUUCACACUACCCCAUGCCCCCUUCACAUUACUCCAUGUUCCCUUCGCUCUACUUCUUAUGUUCCCUUCACACUACCCCAUGUCCCCUUUACAUUACUUCAUGUUCCCUUCACCUUACUUCUUAUGUUCUCUUCACUCUACUUGAUGUUUCUUCACACUACCCCAUGUCCCCUUCACAUUACUUCAUGUUCUCUUCACUCUACUUUUUAUGUUCCUUCACACUACCCUCUAUGUUUCUUCACUUUAUUUGAUUUUCUCUUCACCCUACUUCAUGUUCUCUUCACCUUACUUCUUAAGUGAAGAGAACCUUCCUCUACUAAGUUCCAUUCACACUACUCCAUGUUCCCUUCACUCUACUCCUUGUGUUAUCUUCACACUACCCCAUGUCCUCUUCACAUUACUUUUUAUGUUCCCUUCCCUCUACUCCAAGUCCUUUUUAUGUUCCCUUCCCUCUACUCCAAGUCCCUUCUUCUCUUAUCUUCUCUUCGAUAAGGAACAAAAAUUAUGUAAUUAUUAUUUAUUUAUUGUGGUUUUAUUAUUUAAUCUUUCUGCGAUUUUUGUGUAAUGAGACUAUGCCCUCGACUUUGAUAUAAUCAUUCCAUAUGAUCUACGAUCCCCCAAAAAAUAAAUAAAUUGGAAAGAAAAAUAAUAUUUUUAUUUACACCUUUUAAUAGACCAAAAUUUAAAUUUUAGUCACUCGAACAUUAAAAUAGACACACAAAAAUCUACCAAUCUGUACCACCCAAAAUUAAUUUCCUCUAUUUUGUCUCUUUGAAUCGAAAGGAGGAAAGGGACACCUAAGGAAGUCAUUCCAUCCUAUAACAUCUUUUCUAGGAUAGAAUAGAGCCAGUAAUCAUCUCAACUACUCCAUCCUGCAAUAUACCUAAAUGAGAAUUUUAGAUUGGUUCUGGCAGAUUGUUUUGAUGAUAGUUAAAGAAUAGGGUUCAAACUCGACCCGGGACGGGGUUUUGGGUUUUAACCAGGAAACUUAGGAUCGACGGGAUUAAAAGUUCGAACUCUACUAACUACAUAGAGGGAUCGCGCCGACAGAAAAUCAAAUUCUUGAAUUUCGGGAAUCGUGAAUUGGGUCGGCGCCAAACUGCCUCCUCAAUAUACAUAUGCCCCCCCCCUUUAGUCUAUAGAGGGAGGGGGCAGUUUCGUAUUUUCAUAUUUCGUUUUUGGAUUUCGUAUUUUAGUUUUUGGCUUACCCCCAGUUUAUAUUCUCUUCAUUUUUUUAAUAGGCAAACUGUCUGCAAGCCCCCCCCCCCCCCACUUCAUCCCUAAACCUUUUCUUGUUGAUAUUUUCCCCAAACUGGAACUGGAUAUAAAUUGGAAGUAAGCAGCAAAUGCAAGAAAAAAAAUUUGUAGUGUAAUACUAAACGAAAAAUAAAAAAAAGGAAGAAAAGUCUCCUUUCUUUGCACACACUUGCACAAAGUCUGGUUAUUUUUGGACCCUUUUUCUACUCCCCCAGACACAAGACUCUCGAUAAAAUCAAUAAAAAAACAAAA